AUGGCGGAAACGGCCGAGGAUGACGUCAGCGCGGCCCGAAGAGCGGCCGGGCAGCAAGAAGGAUCAGCAAUGGCGACUGUGGAGCGGAGACUACCUAGUCCCGAGGCGUUGGUGGGACAGCCUUGGACCCACUGGAUCGAUGCCGCUAAACAUCAAGGGGCCGACGGCACCGAAUUGGAAGAAACUUUUAAGGAGUGCGGGAAAAACCGUGAGGUCAUGCGGCUGAGUAGGGAAGAUAUGCCAAUAUUUGGCCACUGUCCAGCACAUGAUGAUUUCUAUCUGGUGAUGUGUAACCAUUGUAAUCAGGUUGUAAAGCCCCAGGCCUUUCAAGCACAUUAUGAAAGAAGACACAGUACAUCAAGCAAACCACCUGUAACUCCUCCGUCUUCUACGUAUUCUUACCCUUCCACGCUCUCAAAGAGCAGAAGUGUUAGUGAUUGUGGGAAUAGUCGCUCUUCUGGUGGCAACUGCGCUUCAUCCAGCUCCAAGAUACAAAAAUCUCCCAAAGAUAAACUUCACAUUGGUGGUAUGAACAGACCAUUUUACAUGGUUCAUCAUGGCAGGAUGCACCAUGAGAAAAGCAUGACUUCUUUGGUUAAACCAGACAAGUUGCAUCCUAAUGUGAAGAUCGAUGGCACAUCAGUGAAAAUGAUGCCUGUUCCCAUUAAUUCUGCCACUGUGAGUGCUUCAAUAAAAACUGGCCUUAAUAGUCCUACAAUACCAAAGGCACCCCUGCCCUCCACUGGACAGAUACCCAAUGGUAAAAAUCUUCUGUCAACUCCUUCAUCCUCAGAAAAGAAACUUGAAGAUGGUAAAAAUAUCAAGAAACCCUCUUCUCAUAAGAGGCUGUCAGAGCGGGAGUUUGACCCAAACAGACACUGUGGUGUUGUUGAUCUUGAAACCAAGAAACCAUGUACAAGGUCUUUGACGUGCAAGACACAUUCCUUGAGCCAACGGAGAGCAGUAUUAGGUCGUAGGAAACAUUUUGACCUAUUGUUGGCUGAGCACAAAAACAAACCCAGGGAAAAAGAAUCGCAUAGAAUCUCUGAACAUCAUCACCAGACACCCCUUCUCAGGGAAUCGCAUCCCUCGCCAUCUAAACCUUCCCAGGAAUUGCAUCAGAAUUCCCAUGGAAAUAUUGCAUCGGAUGUAAAACAGAUGGUGUCUGGAAAAACCAAAUUUAACAAUUCAAGUCUUCCAAGGCCUGCCAGUUCAUUACAGCACAGUGGCAAUACCAUCACUGAUACUGCAGCGGUACAUGAAUUUCACCCCUCACUUGUUGGACAAGACUCGGUGUCUAGGUUGUCUAGUGAUGAGGGAGAAUGUGAAGAGAAAGAGGAAUUGGUAGAAAAACUAGACUGCCAUUAUUCUGGACAUCACCCUCGACCAGCAGCUCUUUGCGCCUUUGGAAGCCGACACAUUGGCCGAGGCUGCUUUGUGUUUGACAGACGAUGGGACCACUUUCGUUGUGCAUUUAGUUCCAUGGUUGAAAAACAUCUUAAUUCACAGAUGUGGAAAAAAAUUCCUCCUGCAGUGGAUAGUCCAACAUCGACACAGUCAGUCCCUCACAGCACUGGCAUGAUUCCCUCACAGCAGUCGCAUUCCAGUGUCAAUACUGCAGGUUUUGUCUCCUCUACAACAGUGUCCUCCUCAUUGACAUCUCCAGUGUUGGUUUCUUCUCCAUUUACAUCAAUCGAAAGUAAAUCUGUGCUAUCAUAUGCAACUACUCUGAAUGCUCACCCUGCUGCCUUGGGCGCCAUGGACCCUGCUUAUUGUAUGCAAUCUAGACAUAUAUCUUCACCUUCUGUGAUGCCUUCUGGGCUUUCUUCAGUUCCUUCACAUGUGUUUAAUAAACCUCAAAAAGUGAAACCCAGCAAGUCUUUUAAACCUAAAGACCCUUCAUCUACCAGCAGUAACAGUAAUAGUAACUCCAGUAGCAACAAUAACAGCAGCAGUUCUGGAAAGAAGAGAAAAAAUAUUUCUGCACUGCCAUUGCAUUCUUCCACUCAUUCCGCAGAAUCUCUGAAGAAAAAUUGUGUGAAUUCUGGAAAUCUAGGGACGUCUAAUUACUCAUCAUGUGUCUCAUCAUCUCACAGCAGUACCCACAGCAUUGGCCUCAAUUGUACAAACAAAAUUAAUUCUUUAGGUUUCAAACAUGACCAGUCAGGAAAAGGGCUUCAAAUGGGGAUUCCUGCAGAAUCGAUUAAACGGAUGAGUGUGGUUAUGAACAGUAGUGAUUCCACUCUUUCACUAGGGCCAUUUGUCCAUCAAUCCAGCGAACAAUCCGCAAACUUGCAUGGUAGCUUUUCACACCCACAUGUACCACUGGACAAGCUGGAAGGGAAAAAACGGAAAAGCUCACCAGGUUCAAGCACCAUUAACACUGGUAACAAAUCGAACAAGAUCGCCAAAUCACCUGUGGUAAACAAUGUUCAUUCGAAGCAGGCUAGUAUGAUCCCAGGAACUCCAGGGAUUUCCAACAACACUCUCCUCCAUCAGCCAAAGGCUCGACCAUGAUAACAAAUGUUCUUCUGGAAGAAACUGGACAUCUUUUUUGAAAAUUGAAAAAUAGGCACUCUGAACUGCAAGAAGCCUUGGAGUUUUCUCAACUUCCCUUGUUCCUCAGGUCUGUGGACAGUAGAAUCAAAAUUGUAUACAGGUUCAGAAGCCAAGUUUGUGGAAAUGUCACUUUAUGUGGUGGCACGUUUUAAAUUGAAUUGACAUGGACAUUAUGGAUAAAAUUGGGCUUGCAGUUGUUCAAAUCAGUAUUAAGUAUUAGGUACGUAGAUAGAAGAAUGACUACUGAUCUGAGAAUUAUGCAAAGGUUCAGUUUUUAACUAUUUACUGCUGAUGGGUGCAUUUGCUACAGUUUUGGAUGUUGAACUGCCAAAUGUUUAAGCAUAAUUACUAUUUUAAUGGGAAUUCCAUAGCCCCUUAACAUCUACUGGAAAUUUAUAUCACAGAGCAGAUAUGUUGUAUUUAUUUUUUCCAAGAGAUGUGUGUACUUUGUCUACAGUUGAACUAAACAGUUGCCAAGUAUGCUGACUUGUGUCAGGUUGAUAUUUUGAUGUUUUUUUGUUAAAUCCACAAAUCUUGGCUUUUUUGUGCAGAAAAUUGUGGAAAUAAAAUAACAACGGGAAGUUAGUCCAGCAAAUGAUUUGCUUAUAGUGAGUACUUAAAAAAAAUUGUGUAAAUUCUAACUAAUCCCUGGCUAGAAAUACAGCAGACUGGAGAGCUGGAAAAGGUUGCAUCAUGUAGGGACUACAGAUGCACCAACUUUAAGUUUAUGAAUAAGACAUUAUGACGUGGAUUUAUUUUGUACUGUGUAUAUGGUACAAAUUACUGGGGUUCGGUGGCAUUUGCAGCUUGGUCUUGCCUGUUUUAAAAGGUGAGAAAAUAAAAUUUUAGUGUAUGCUGCUUCCUCCCCUAAUGGCUUAUCAGUAGUCCACAAUAUUUUUUGCACUAAUAGAUUAUAUCCAUACUCCCACUUUGGAAUAAAUUUUAAUAAAAAGGGAUGGUGUUGUAAGUUUGUCAAAUAAACAAAAGAUAUGUUAAAUCAGGGAUUUCAAAAUGAAAUUGAAAUGAAAAUUUCCAUAAAAAUGUUUAAAAUGACCACUUUAGUGAAUAUUUGCACACUUUUCAACAUUUUCCCUGUUGGUCUAAAAAUUGGGGAGCAUAUCAGAAGAAAGCAAAUUUUUGCAAUGUCAGCUUAGUGUUGUCUUUUUCUCCCAAAUCUAGAUUUUAGGACAAAUUAUGCACAGUCUGGAGAAUGUGAGCAUACACUAAUACAGUUUGCCCAGUUAACCUUAAUUUUUUGUGGGCAGUGUAGUGAAUUCUAUAUAAAUUUUAAAAAUAUAAAAUAGUGUAUAGCUAAAAUACUCUUAGAAUCAUUGUUGUAUAAAUGGCAGGAAAACAAUAAAAGGAGCCACAUUUUGCAGUUAUUCACAGAACAGUUCACGCUGGUGACCAAGUAAUAAUGCCAUUUCCAAAAGGCUAUUAAGAAAAUUCUUAAAGGAAAGAAAAAUGCCCCUCUCUGCUGUAAUAAAUGGCACACCUUUUGCAUCCAAGUAGAUAUUUUAAAACUGGCUUAUACUGAAGCUAGCUUGUUCCUUUGGUACAGUUACCAAUUGUAACUCUGUUUUCUUACCCCAAUUUUCAACAAGCUAAGAGAUAAAGUAUGUCACAAUUUUUGUACCUUUUAUUUUGAAUUUUCUUGUUUAAUGGAUUAUACAAAAGUAUGGAAAUAUCCCUAUUUCAGAAUGCAUAUUUUGUUAAAAUUGUACAUAUUAAAUAUGUAUUUUUGCACAGGUCAUUUUCUUAUAUCCAGUUUUGGUACAAUUUUGAAAUCAUCUGGUAUUUAUUUAUUUAGGAAUUAAUAAAUAACAGGUAAAUGUACCUUAUUGUUUAGAUAUUCACUGCCCAGUUAAUGCAAAAUACCUGCAGUACAAGAUUUUUGGGGGCACUUUUUAUAAAAACUUUCAUCCAUUUUGGAACUUGGGAGUGAAAUGAUUUAUUUUUUGGAAGUGGGGGAGGGGAAGAGAAGAGAGCCUCAAAACUAUUUCACUAAUAUAUAUUCAUUUGUUGUCUAACUCCCAAUGUAACAAAAUCAUUAAUAAAAACCAUCCCAGACCCAUCUGAAAAACCACUUGAACAUUUUGCAGCUUUUAGUCAAAAGUUAAAGUGCCUGAUAGUUGCUUCAAAAUGACUGUUUAAAAUGAGCAUUUAAAAAUAUUUAAAUGUUCACUUUUGAUUAGGAGCUUGUUUUUUUCCACCUAGUGAGUUCCUAAUAUUUCUUAUUAUGCUUAAACUUUAAAAUAAUUUGGAAUCAGUAAAUCUUUCACUUGUGAAAUGAAACCAAUUUUUGAUUUGUAUGUAUAUUUGUAUGUGGUUAUACCACCAGCCAAGAGCAAAACAAAAAGGCCUUUACAUUUCUGUACCUUUGUUGAAAUACCAUGUUUUAAAUAAUUUUGACUAUGAAAGAGGUCUAAAGCACUAUUGCUCAUUAAAAUAAUUGUACUUUUGAGCUUUACCCAUGGUCCCAUAGUAUCUAAUACUACUGGAAUGUAAAUAUUCUCAUCGUGACAAUUUUGAAGGUGAUGGUGCCUUUUUGAAAGGAAAUAUCUUGGAUUUUGCUGAGUAUCUCCUAAAGUUCUUUGUUGAUUAAAUAGGGUUAGAAAAUGUUCCAGAAAAUACAAUGUCAACAGUAUGUCUUCCCAUAAAAUAGUUCCUCAGCAAAACCUAUACUCAUACUGAAAAUUCAUGAGUUAUUUUAAAAUGCUGAGUUGAUCAUUUAGAACACAAGUAUUCUUGUCUUAAUAGGCACUCAAACCUGAACUGAUUCAGGUUUAUGUAAGGAAUAAAACAAUUGCAAUGACAAAAGCAAUAGAGACAUGUGAAGAGUUUAACACUACACAUCUCAAAUGUGAAUGUACGCCUGAUAGCAAAGCAUCUUGCUCCUGUUCUGAGCUUGGUUCUAAAAGCAACCUCCUGUGUAAUAGUGUGAAUAGUUUCAGAAGUACGCAUAAUGAAGCGCACUGGGUCACUAUGGUAUCAGCUGGACUUUGUGUUGCCUGCUGUAUAAUUCAUGAACAAAUGUCAUGGGUCAGAAUCUUUCGAUAUUUGAAAAUGUAUAGUCUAUUUGUUUUGUAACAAGGUCUGUAAAUAAAAAUAAUUUAUACUGUUAUUUAUAACAAAUCUAGUCUCUGUCUACUAUUUGGGAAUUAAAAUACAAAAUCUACUAAAGCCUUGACAUGUUGAUUUUAUCCCUGAUAAAGUGACAGUUUGGCUUAGGUAGGAAACAAUUUAUGGAUCAUUGCCUGGUACAAUUUCAUAUUUUAGGAUGGUCUCCUUUUAAAAUUUAAAUUAGGAUGCUAUGGUUCAUUUGAAACUGCAUAUAAGAUUUCUGCCAUGUUCUCCUUUAAAAUCCUGUUAAUUCAGUCCAAGUGCAAAAUGCUAUUACAUUAAUAUAGAAGAUUCUGUUGUAUAGUUUAGCUUGAGAGAUGAAUGUAAUGGUGGAGUAAAAUUGCUGAUACACUCCACUGACCACCUGCAAAAAGAAACUAAUUUAGACAUGGUCAGUAGUAAAGAAAGGAAAUGGUUCUUUAUCGGGCGAUAAGGAAUCGUUUGUGACCUUUAGGUUAUCUUUUUAAAAAAUUUAAACUCAAACUGUAGCUUUGGCUAAAAUUGUUGCACUUUA